AUGACGGUCAGUCCGCUCAGAAGCCAAGGCAGUGGCCUCGUGCAGGGUGUUCUGCGCGUGUACUGGUCUGGACGGCUCAUGCAGAUACUGCUGCAAGCUGGGGGCGAGGCGGAGCAGGCAGUGGGGUCAAAGCGUUAUGCCAAGGAUUGCGGCAAGUGGCUGUGGUCUGGCAGGCUGGCGGAUGUGGGCUACCAAUGCAAGUGCGGCGGGACCAAACGGGGUGAAGCAGCGCCGCGACAUGGUCAGUACCGCGCGUACGCAGGCGACUGCACCAGCAGCUACAAGGACGAGAACGCACCCCACCUGCAGUACCUGGAGAUGGCCGCAAAGCAGUGCGUUGGCGCAGCGACCAAGGCGCAGCAGAAGGCCUACAGGCGUCGAGAACAGCCCACAUCGGCCUUGGAGCAGGCGGAGAAGGAUUUCCUGGAGCGUUCCGCCGAGGUGGUGGAGGGCGGGGGCGAGGCCGGCGGCAGCGUGCCAUUUCGGGCCGAGGAGACGGGCGUCGGGACAGGAGCGAGCCCGAGAGGUGGAGUGCGGAUCGGCGCGGAGAUGGAUUUACCUGCUAAGCAGAGGAAGACCAGCGUGGAGGAGUCGGGCGUCGAGCUGGCGGCGAGCUCGAGUGGGGUGCGGAUCGACGAGGAGAUGGAAUCACCUGCGAAGCAGGAAAAGCCCAGCGGAGCCGUGCAGAGCGGCGAGACGCUGCCGUCGAGAAUGAGCCGAAGGGCGAGGCUCACGCUUAGUCUACAGGUGGUGGAGAACAGCCAUGUGAUCGCGACGGACCACGCCGACAACAAAUUUGACAGGUCGCUCGCGCGCGUCCUCGGAUCGCAGCGGCGGGAGGGGCAGCUGAGUGCGCGGCUGCGGUCGCAGUUGCGGUCGAACUUGCGGUGCGCAAGGGGGGCCGCGCUGAUGGUGCGCGCGGUGGCCCGGGGCAUCCAGAACUGCGCGCCAGGGCUCGAUCCGAGAUGCCGCGGCGGCCCGCGUUUACGGAACGACCGGGCGUCCUGCAAUUGGAACGAGAAGAUCAAGAGCGCUGCGCUGCGCCUGCCCCCAGGCAUCAGUGCGGGCCCGGCCCGUUUCCUGUUGCCAAGGAUGAGUCUGGGCGGGAGCUUGGCGCGAUGCGGGGAUCGAUAUUUCAGCGGAAUGCCCGAGAAGGAACUGCGUGGCCUAUUGGGCCGAUUUCGGCAGGUGGGUCUGAGGCCAGCGCCCGCGUGCAAGCGGCAGCGCGCGAUCAUGUUCGCGAUGGGCGCGACGUCGAAAAGGCUGUCGGCGAAGCCGGCGUGCUUCACCUGCCCGACCGUGUCAGGGGUGCCGUUCGGCUUGCAGAAGGCCGCGCUCGAGGGGAGCGUGGGCACGUCGGCGCACAGUCCGGACGUGAGCUGGCUCGCGCGCUGGCCUCUGGGCGGCAACUGGUCCUGCGAGUACGGGGAAGACUCGCUGGACUACUGCUACAGCCACGGCCACGCCAGCCUGCUGUGCUGGGGCGAGCAGGCAAACAGCUCGCAGCUGACCGGGGCGGCGCCGCAGGAGGCGCCCUGCCCCCCGUCGGGGCAGCCGUGGCCCGCGGCCCUAUGCCCGGUGGAGGCGCGCGGCGGCGCGGCGGCACCCACCAGCGGAUCCUACGACGAAUACGUGUGGCCGUACCUGAGUCCCGUGCAGGACCAGGGGUCCUGCGGUAACGGCUUCGUUCAGGCCGCCAUGGGGCACCUGACUGACAGGUACCUGAGCUUCAUGGACGCGGACUCCCGGGAAGAAUGGAAGUCCAGCGCCACCCUGCUCAGCGUGGGGGAGGCGACGCAGUGCUACGCCGAGCGGGGCGGGACGGACGCUUGCGAGGGCGGCGGCGACCCAGCCGUCACCAUGAGGCAGGCGGCAGGGCAGCAGACGGCGCAGGUGCACCAGGCCUUCGAGCGCGUCAUGACCUGCAGCGGAGGCUCCUACGGCAUGGCCCCUGGCGUGAACGACAGCGUGGCCGGAGCCGGCUGCAGCGUGGGCUGCCGGCCCUUCUGGGGGGGCUCUGCGAGGCCCCUCGUCCGGGAGGGCUCCGCCUGCCCUCCGGGCACCACGGACAGCCUGGCCGAGCUCGCGGGCGCGCUCGUGCUCAACGCCUCGGACAUCAUGGCCGACUCCGGGGCGACCGGCUUCCAGCACCUGAUUGGGGGCUGCGGCUGCCUCGCCACGCUCGCGGGGGCCGGGCAGUGCGGCAGGUGCUGCGCGUACGACGCCGAUCAGAGUUCGGUCGUGGCCGUGGACGCGGCCAACUGCUCCCACAAUGAUAUGGUCAUUGACUUGGGGAUCGAGGUUAGCACCGACUUCGCGAAGACGAGGAUAUCCUCGCAUGGCCCGUGGACGAGUCGCGGAAGCUGUAUGCGAUGCGGGAGUGCGGGUGCGACGCGUCGAACCUGA